AUGAAAAAACGAAUAACAAAGGUAAAUGCAUUACUCCAAAGAACUUUUAUUACGGCCCUGAUCGGGUGGAUAUGUUUGUUGGGAUUUGUACAGGCAUCUUGGAACAUCGGCUCCGAGUCGGCCUCUAAAUAUGGCUAUGGAUAUGGCUAUGGCUAUGAACCAGACACUAUAUCUGGGUCUAAUGCGCUGGUCGCUGAUGGUGGAAAUUCGGGGUCUACUGGUGAAGAAAGGGCAGAUGCAUUACAAGUUCGACGGUCGCUAUCGAAAUGGGAGCUGACGGAUAUUCUUCUCAUCAGCACAAUAGAUGGCUCUCUCCAUGCCAGAGAUAGAAAAACUGGUCACGAGUUGUGGUCUAUUCCUGGGAGUGGCCCGCUCGUUAAGGUAUCAACUUCAGAUAGUACCCUUAUUGACGAAGAUAAAGAUAUCACCUGGAUAGUAGAACCUCUAGGUGAUGGUACUCUUUACUACUUUUUACCUUCAACAGGGUUACAAAGACUAUCUGUCAAUAUCAAGACGCUAGUAUUGAAGUCUCCUUUUGCUAUUGAGGGAGAUGACAAGAUUUAUACAGGUAGUCGACAAACAGUUUUAUACUCGAUCAAUGCAAAGUCUGGUGAAAUUCUGAAAGUUUACGGAUCUAAUGGUAAAGAAAACGGUGGGUUGGGAAGAGCUGUCUGUAGGCCCAAGAGUAAUGGGCUAGAUUAUGAGAACAACACACCCAACGAUGACACCCUCCUAUUUGAUGAUGAGUCUGAUUAUUACCUGCCACCUUUGUCAGAUGAUGAAGGUAACGGUGUGUUUAUGAUUGGACGAACAGAUUAUCACCUAGAAAUACAUGGCAAAAAUGAAACCAUCUGGAAUGUGACUUAUUCUAUGUGGGGACCCAAUAAUAUGGAUGGUGAUUUGGUUUCUCAGCAUGUUAGAUCGCCAGAUGACUUAUAUAUCACUCCGUUACAUGAUAAUUCUAUGUUGGCAUUAUCAACUGAUGGUCGAAGUAAGCCGGCAAUCUGGGUGAGACCGGUGCCAUCAGUCGUCGUUAGCAUUUUCGACAUUCUGAAACCAACCCAAGGGGACGGAAAUGAGCCACUUGUGUUGUUACCCCAGCCACAAUUUCCUUUCAACAUCGGUGACGAUGAUAAACAGAAUUGGUCAUCAUACCAAACUCAAGAAGAAGAUGAGGAGAUAGAUGAAGAUCUGGAAGUUAUCGGGACUUAUGUGGAGAAAACUAAUGAUGGGGGUUGGUUUGCGCUUUCUGGUAAAGCGUUUCCAUAUCUUGUUGAUACAGCGCCAAUUGCUGAAUGGUGUUUGCAAAACCGACAAUAUGAGAAGUCGGAUAGGCCAUACUCAAAAGACUCUUUAGUAGGAGUUCACCCUAUUCAAGGACCGCUAGUCCAUCGUGAGUCUACUUCAAGAAAUGUGGCCUCGAUUGCACCCCAACUACUUCCCCCAGAACCACCGCUCCUAGACCAGGGAUCUUCCUCGCUUCCAAUAGCUGCAGUUGAAAGGAACAGAAAUCGUAAUGAGGUUGCCAAAUAUUAUCCGAAUCAGGGAAUAUUCGGCGGAACUCAGCAGCAAUCUCCACGGCAAGUGGACCAAUCGCCGCCUAUUUACAUGCCUCCGCCUCCACCUACGAUCUUACCAGUUCCAUACUCUUCAAGUGGCUGGAAUUUUAUUACAAGACUCGUUGAAAAUGUACUCAGUGUUCUUAUUAUUGUCGUUAUUGUGGUCGUAGCGGCAAGGCUGGGUUGGUUGCCACAGAUAGUGGAUUUGCUAGAGUCUGCAGUCUUAAUUUUAACCAGAAAGAAUACUGCUUUGGAGAGCAUAGACGACAGUAUUGCCAAUGAAAAAUCACCACUCACUGUGUCAUUGGAGAAUAACAUUGAUAUGAUCAACAGUGAAAAAGAUCAUGGUGUGGUCACUAAGGCAAGUGAUGAGCCUGCGAAUCCAGUUAGUCGGGAAAUUGAGUUGCAGAAGCAGGACCCUGAGUAUCUUGACACUAAGCAUGAUAAUAACAAUAUCCCAAAUAGUGCAGUUAUUACGUCUAGUAGUUCUGUCGGCUCUGAAGAGCUUCCAAAGACAAGUGGACUGGGCGCAUUGAAUGGUAUAGCUGGAAACACAGAUGAAGAGUCUGCCACUCUAUUAUCACCCAGACUGGAUGGUUCUCUUAAAGAUGUGACUUCUCCGGGUGAAGUACCGAGUGAAGUUGUUGUUGCUGAACUAAAAGAAGUAACAACUAACGAAGGAACUCAGGUCACUGACAUUGAUAUGAUGUCAGAGGCUGAAGAUGUCUUAAACAGCGUUGACGUGGGAAUCAAGAAUAUCCGUGAACAGUGUGUGGCUCAGACGGAUAAGGGCGAUGAUGUUCCAUCCUCUGAGUCGUCCCCAGUAAAAAAGCCCAGAAAACGGGGUAGCAGAGGGGGGCGGAAGAACGCUGCUCGCGAAGCUCUUAGACAGGCGGCUCGUAAGCGAGAUGAAGAACUUCUCGCCCAACAAACGCGAGAACGGGAAAUCAUUCAAGAAGAAGGAGAAAAUGUUGAACCUAAUGAUAGUGAAGUAGGAGGUGUACCACCAGCUCAACUUCCGCCACCGGAACUGUCUUCGAAAGCUACCAAUUCAUUGGACAAUGAGAGUUCAAACACUGGCUCAGGUGCUAUCUCAAACGUUAAGCUACCCGAAUCACCAGCUACACCAGGCCUUAUUCUCCCAAAUUCAACUUUAAGUAGUGAAGCCAGUGGCCUUCAAGCAAGCCCAUUAACUGUCUCAAAAGACAUUAUUGGCUACGGCAGCCAAGGAACAGUGGUUUAUCGAGGGUUCUUUGAGAACCGCGAGGUAGCUGUCAAACGCAUGCUUCUCAAUUUUUACGAUCUUGCAUCACAGGAGGUAGCCCUUCUUCAAGAAAGUGACGACCACCCCAAUGUUAUUCGCUACUAUUGUAAAUACCAGAGUGAUCAAUUCCUAUAUAUUGCAUUGGAGUUGUGCCCUGGCAAUCUUGAAGAUGUUAUAGAGAAGCCGUACAAAUUUGAAGAAUUGGUGGACAGGAUGAACCCUAUUCAGGUUCUUUACCAAAUUGCCAGUGGCUUAAAGCAUCUGCAUUCCCUUAAGAUCGUCCAUCGUGAUAUCAAACCUCAAAAUAUCCUGGUUGCCCCUCCAAAAUGGGUCCAUAGUAAAGUCAUGAAUGGAAAGCAGCCAUAUGGCCCAGUAAGAAUGUUGAUUUCUGACUUUGGUCUCUGCAAGAAGUUGGAAGGGGACCAAUCCAGUUUCUGGCCGACUACAACACAGGCAGCUGGUACUGCUGGUUGGACUGCACCAGAGAUUUCUAUGGGUGGGCGAUAUCCCGGUAAUAUUUCGACCACAUCGUCCACUGAUCUCGUUACUAAUAUAUCAAACCAGAGGAGAUUAACCCGUGCUGUUGAUAUCUUUUCAUUGGGUUGCGUCUUCUAUUAUAUUCUCUCUAAUGGCCAACAUCCAUUUGGUAUCAAUUCAAAGCGGGAAAGUAACAUUGAAGAUAAUAAUUAUUCUUUGACCGAAUUUGACGAUCCAUAUGUACCAAACAACGUCGAGGCUAAAGAUCUUAUCUCUCGAAUGAUAUCCUUUAACCCGAAUGAUAGACCAGACGCUAGCUCUGUACUUCUGCAUCCGUUGUUUUGGUCUCAGCAAAAGAGGUUGGACUUUCUUCUCAAGAUCUCUGAUAGAUUUGAAGCCGAUGCUCGGGAGGAGUAUAGCGAGUUGCUCAGUAUACUGGAAAGAGAUGCCUUCGAAGUUGUUGGGCAUGACUGGCACACCAAUUUCGAUAGAGCAUUUCUCGAGAAUUUGCGACAGUAUCGUAGGUACCGUGGAGAACGGAUCAUUGAUUUAUUAAGAGCCAUGAGAAACAAAUGCCACCAUUUUAAUGACCUACCACUUCAUUUGCAGACUUCGAUUGGACCUAUUCCAGACUCAUUUUUAUCAUACUUCACUAAGAAGUUCCCAUAUCUCUUGAUGAAGGUUUACUACUUUGCCAAGGAACACCUUGCAGAUGAGUUUGCUUUCAGAUCUUUCUUCUAUGAAGAGAAAAAUGAAAUGAGCUAA